GGUGCGUGAGGCGCACCAGGCUAAAAAGGGCCGCCAAAAUCGGCCUUAACGCUGCCGUUGGCCGGUGCCGCUGCGCGUAUUAACCGCCCGCACCGUCCCGCGGGGCUCCAUAACGAAAUCCCGGCAAUGGAUGAGGCUGCGCGCAUCGCGGCAGCCCCUGCUGAGGAGGAGGCUGAUGCGGCCUGCGACGCCGCCGUCGAGGCCGCUAUCGACGAAGAGCAGGCCGCCGACGACGCCGCCGACGCGGGGCAGCCUCGGGAGGCCCGUGCCACUGUCCUCGAUCGCGAAGAAGCCAUCCCGCUGUCGCGCGUCCAGUGCAACAACCUGGGUAUACGCUUCCAGCAGCACCACGACGCCACCAAAGCGCUUCGCGACGGCGGCAUUCGCGAGUCGUCCGGAGUCAGGUUGCAAGAUGGGCAGUACGGCACCGUCCUUGAAAUUGACGGUGCUGCUGCCGUCGUCGAGAUACGGAAGCAAGGGAAUAAGAGGCGUCGCUUCACGCUGCCCGUGGCCGAACUUACCCUUCGCGUCCCGAGACUGUCGCAAGCGAUGGCUAAGCAGUGGAGUAUCGACGAAUACGUUAUGGAGGGCCCCAAACGUGUCCGACGCGAGUACGACGACUGGCGCCGGCGGCACAAAUACGCCGGCUUCGUCUCGCACUACAGACGACGGGUUCUGGGUGCGUUGCCGCGGCACCCGACGACGUUCUCUGAGGCGGACUUCAUCGAAGCUGCUGCGCGCGUGGGCCUCCAACAUAGGACCGGGGCGCGGUGGCUUCUCCGCGACUUUGUCAAGGUCACGAAGACGGUCGCACGCCUCCCGAAGAAUAGGGGUCCGCCCGACGCGCCGCGAAAGUACCGCCUUCGCGAGUAGUAAGAAAUUGUAGGAGUG